UACACAAGGCAAGGGAAACCGAGCCUUAUCACAUUGCUCUUGCACCUGAAGCGCCGUCUCCAAUGUUGACACCCGAGGAAAGUCAACAACAAUAACAAAAUUUGUCUGAAAAUCCUUUGGUUUUCAGUAGUGGAAUGAAAGAUGAGUCGUGCAGAGAACGAGGCAUAUUGGGGUGCCACAGACACAGCACCCCAGGCCUUGGAUAAUUUCUUUGAUGAGGAUUGUGAAGUUACAUGGACUGGGACAUCUUCAAACAUCCAGUUCACCAAACAGAAUUCCCAUAGUAGCAGUGGUAAUGUCUCAACCACUUCCAGUGUAGGUGCUCUUGGAAACAGCCUCAGCAGUACAAGUAUUGCAGACAACAUAACACAUUCCACCCAUGACUGGAAUUCAGAGGGAACUGCUAGUGGUCGCCUGGCCAAAGGCUUUGGGAAGACAAUUGGAGAGAAACUUGAUUCCUUCAAGCCUCCAUCUGUCUCAAUAAAAUGGAAUGCUUCACAAGGUCAAGGAAGUGCCAGCUGUUUGCAGUGUAGUGCCAAGGACGAGGAAAUUGCUCAGCUGAAGAGACGCUUGGAAAACUCAUAUUCACGCUACAAUUUGACACUUCCUCCUGAUGACACCGUGAAUCGUAUUGUUCUGGGGCAGCCCUAUUCCCUCGAGAGUUACCGUAGUCACGAGGACAAGUGUGCGUUGAUAGAUGUGGCUUUAAACACUAUGGAUGGAGGGGCAAUCCUGGCCACUGUUCUGCACAUGAAGAACACUGUUAAAAAGAACUUGUUUAUUAAGGAAAUGCAAACACGCUCCCAUGCUGCACAAGUUUACGUCCAUUACCUCAAACAGCGGCAUAGUUUUGCUGAAGCUAUUGACUUUUUGGGAUUGCUUGGGAAAAAUGAAGAAGCUGCAAUUCUAACAUAUCACAUGGCUGUAACAAGCAAAGACACAGCUAGUAAACUGGCUAACUUGAAGAAGGCAUUGCAGACAUCAUUUAGUGAUCCUGGUCUGUCUCACGAAGCGAAAAUGGUGAAGGAUCAUAUACAGCUGUUAGAGAGACAAAUCCUGAUUGAUGAGGCUGACGCACAUGACCAGAGCAAUCCCAUGCUGCUAGAGUACCCACGAGUGAGCAGCAUCACUGACAAGUCCUUGCUCACCACCCUCUUCUACUGCAGCAUGUACCACUGGGAUGCUCCUGAGUCCCACCCUGCUAGCCCCACUGCUCUAAGGAAGGCACAUGGCAUUCCUGAGAGGCAGGUGCUGUGGACAGUGAUUAGGGGCCGGGCCAGGGUCAAUCACUGGCCCUUGCCCAAUGAUCUGGAUAGUUGGAUGGGCAAUAAGGGAUUGCGAGGAGCUCUGGGAUCACUGACGUCUGCAUUUACGGGUUCUAGUAAAUUAGUGAAGAAUGUCUUACCAGUUGAGCAGGUAGUACACACCCUGGCGGCUAGCAAUGCUCCAUCCAAUGUGCUAGCCGCAUACAUUGCUUUGCUGGACUCCCUGGACACUCGCCUGAAGUUAGCCGUCAAUCACAAGUGUCACCAAGCUGCUGUGGAGGUUUUCAUUGCCCAGAAGGACAGAGAAGCUCUCGAAAAAUACAUGAAGGAGAUUCCAGCAGGCUCUCCAGAAUUCCUAAAGGCUGAGAGUGCUUUAAAAACAGUACGUUGGAAGAACUAAGAGAAAAUGACUCCGAAUGCCAAGUUCUAUUUUGUAGUUAUCAGUAUACCUCUUUGAUUUUCAUCCUCUGUUUUGGAUAAAUCUUUCUUCUGCACAACACAUAUUCUGUCUAUUCCAAUAACUGUAAAAGCAGGAGAGAAGAACAGGAAAAAAGAUUGAAAAGAAUAAAUUGUAAAGAGGAAAGAAAAGGAAAAGGAAAUCUCUAGAGAGGCUUCACAUGUUUCUAGAUGUUUUUAUUUCAAAGAAAUAAGUUUGUAAAGUUUCUUCCCCCAAAUAUAAAUACUGUGAUAACAGUAGUGUAAUCAUGAGUGAAAGAGUGUAGAAAUUAGUUGAAAAAAAUAUAUAUAUCUAUAAAAGUGAUGUGUAGGAUAUGAUAAUUUUGCAUUUUCGUUAGAAUGAUGGUCAAGUAAAGAAAGCUUUAGUAUUGUGUAGAAAAUGUAUUCCUUAGAAUAUAAUCUGUUAAAUACAUUUCUGCGUAAGAUGGUAUUGCAGAUUAGCAUUUUUGUCACUUCAGGGAUCAAUAGAAACAAGUAAUUGGUUGACAGAAAUUAUAUACAAAGUAGGUUCUUAGAAAAAUGAGACAACAGGGUCAACUUUUGUCUCAUCAUUGACUGUACUAUUAUAUGCAUGGUAGGUUUUCCUGCCAGGUGAUUGAUAAGAUCUAGGAAACACUUAAGGAAUGCAAACCUCCACAAAGCCCAAUAUUCCUUGUCAC